GGGGUAGACACAGUCACUCCAGCCGCCGAAUACAUGCGGCUCACAAGGAUUGCGCUACGAAGUCCGAAGCUUUCUCAUUUGCAAUUGCUUGACCCGGUUUCUAUGCAAUGUCAAUCCUGCUCCUACAGCGCGGGGUAUCACUAGUUUCAAUCGUGACCUUGCCACCCCGCAAGCGGUGGGGGCAACGAUUUAAAGCAGGAUGGAGGAGUUGUCGGUCCAAGAUGAGGAGUCUACCGCUCUUCUAGCCCACGAGAUGGACGACAAGGACAGCAUCAAGCACGCCGAGGAGACCCGCGCCGAGCUGGCCAUCACGGACUCGAGCAAGAAACAUGGAGAUCGGGCGCUGGAGCUUAUAGGAGACGAGCGUAUCCCUCUGACGGACGAAGACAACAGACGGAUACGGAGGAAGACCGACUUGAGGAUCCUGCCGGUUCUGGUGUGGGUGUACUUUUUGCAAGUCAUCGACAAGACAACGCUUGGCUACGGCGCCGUCUUCGGAUUACAGAAAGAUGCAAAGCUCUCGGCUCAUGAGUACUCUCUGAUCGGCAGCAUUGCCCCGAUUGCGCAGCUGGCGUGGCAGCCGUUCUCGUCCUUCCUGAUUGUCAAGGUCCCGCACCGCAUCCUGAUGCCUUUGCUGGUCAUCGGGUGGGGUGUCGCGCAAGCAACGAUGGGCGCGUGUGAUUCGUACGGCGGUCUGAUGGCGACGCGUUUCCUGCUCGGCCUGUUCGAAGCGGGAUGUCUGCCCCUUUUCUCCGUCAUCACGAGCCAUUGGUACCGCCGAGCGGAGCAGCCUCUGCGCGUUGCCGCCUGGUAUUCCAUGAACGGCAUCGCGAACCUGACUGCCGCUGCCUUGUCCUACGGGCUGGGCCAGAUCCGCACCUCGUCCAUGUAUUCGUGGCAGAUCAUCUUCCUCUUCUGCGGCCUAGUAACCGUGUGUUCUGCGCCUCUGGUCUACUGGCGGCUUGAAAAUGACAUCCCGUCGGCGCGAUUCCUAAGCCAGCACGAGAAGGCCCAGGCUGUCGAGCGGCUGCGCGCAAAUCAGACGGGCACCGGCAACCGCGAGUUCAAAUGGAAGCAUGUGUUCGAGCUCGCCCUCGAGCCGAAAACGUACCUCUUCAUCGGCAUGACGCUGCUCCUCAACAUCGGCGCCCAAGUGUCGAACACGUUUGGGCCCCUCAUCCUCGCUGGCAUUGGCUUCGACAAGUACAAGACCUCGCUGCUCAACAUCCCCUUCGGCACGCUCCAGUUCUUGACCAUCCUUGCCGGCUCUUGGGCCGCCGCCAAAGGGCGCUUCAAGUCCCUCGUGCUGGCCGUCUUCAUGCUGCCCGUUAUCGCCGGGAUCGCGAUGCUGUACGCGCUUCCGAGGACAAGCUCGCACCAGGCCGCGCUGAUGGCAGGCUUCUACAUGUUCGCCUUCCUCUUCGCCGGCAACCCGCUCAUCGUCUCCUGGAUGAUCGGCAACACGGCCGGAACGACGAAGAAGUCCGUCCUGAUGGCGUGCUACCAGGGCGCAUCUUCCGCCGGGAACAUAAUCGGCCCGCUCCUGUUCAGCUCAAAGGACGCGCCCUCCUACCAUCCGGGUCUUCGCGCGGUGCUCGGCAUCUUCGUCGCUCUCGUCUGCGUCGUCUUGAUCCAGCUCGCAAACCUGAUUCUGCUGAACAAGCUGCAGGAGGGGAAACGCGUCAGAAACGGCAAGGCCGCCGUGAUCAAGGAUCUCUCGAUGGAGGAUACGUAUGUGGGGUACGAAGCGGAUCAGGAAGACGGGCAGACACAACGGCUGGGAGAAAGGGCCUUCCUGGAUCUCACAGACCGCGAGAACGACGAGUUUACAUAUAUUUACUAACCCUUUUGUUUAGAUGUCUAAUCGCAUCUAUCUGAAUACACCAAGUUUGAAAA